UUUCUCAUUGGCUAGCCGACGAGUGAUGCAGACCAAUAGAAUGUCGGCGCGGGGGGAAGUGGAGCGAAGUGGUGGGGCUGCGCCUGCGCAGUGCGGCUCCGCUGGCAGGAAGCGGCGGAGCAGAACCCGGCGAGGGCAGCGCGGCGCUCCCGCCUCCGCCGCCGGUUCCCCCGCACCCCCCGCGCCCCCGCCGCCGCCAUGUUCCUCACACGCUCCGAGUACGACCGGGGUGUGAACACUUUUUCUCCAGAGGGGAGGCUGUUCCAAGUGGAAUAUGCCAUCGAGGCCAUAAAGCUCGGUUCCACAGCCAUCGGCAUCCAGACCUCGGAGGGCGUCUGCCUGGCCGUGGAGAAGCGGAUCACCUCCCCGCUCAUGGAGCCCAGCAGCAUCGAGAAGAUCGUAGAAAUCGAUUCCCACAUAGGGUGUGCCAUGAGCGGCUUAAUAGCUGAUGCAAAGACUUUAAUUGAUAAAGCAAGAGUGGAGACUCAGAAUCACUGGUUCACCUACAACGAGACCAUGACAGUGGAGAGCGUCACACAGGCCGUGUCCAACCUGGCGCUGCAGUUUGGGGAGGAGGAUGCGGACCCGGGAGCGAUGUCUCGUCCGUUUGGCGUCGCGCUGCUUUUUGGAGGAGUCGAUGAGAAGGGACCUCAGCUGUUUCACAUGGACCCGUCGGGGACGUUUGUUCAGUGUGAUGCCAGAGCCAUCGGCUCCGCCUCGGAAGGUGCCCAGAGCUCUCUGCAGGAGGUUUACCAUAAGUCAAUGACACUGAAAGAGGCAAUUAAAUCUUCCCUCGUCAUCCUGAAACAAGUGAUGGAGGAGAAGCUGAACGCAACCAACAUUGAGCUUGCCACCGUGGAGCCCGGGAUGAAGUUCCACAUGUACACGAAAGAGGAGCUCGAAGAGGUCAUCAAGGAUAUUUGAAAAGGAGACAGACUCCCUCAAAAGCCCUUUUUUUUUCUCCCCCCCCAAAAUCAAGCGAACUGACUCUCGGUUCCUUCCACUACUCGUGAUUUUAUUUUCCAGCAGCAUCUGUAAUUGCUCUUCUUAGAAGGCUCAUGAGGUUUUUUUACAGUUUCUGUACAUAACGGAUCUCUAAAAUAAGAGGAAAUGAGAAUAAAUCAUUUUGUUACUCUA